AGAGAUUAUUGUAUUCAUGGUCGUCGGACCUCUUAUAUGCAAUUUCUGCUUCAUCACUCUGCAGAUCUAUUAAGAAAUGUCAUCUUGGUCUUCACUACACCUCAAAUCUCCCUUCCACCCUUUGCCUACCUACCCAACCUAUGGUGCCAUAACUGGAGAAUUUCCCGUAGCUCUUCCUUGCACACCUAAACUGAGCGGGAGGGAAUCUCGUGUAAUAUUCGCCAAGAAAUCUCAACUAAAUUGCUUGAGAGAAGUAGAAAUGGAUGCCAUUCCACCAGCUUUCAUUAGUUCUGUUGCUGAAUCCAUGGAUAUGGAGGGCAAGACACUGGUGGAGCAAGUGGAGCCAAAAGAUCCGAGCUUUUCAACAAUUCUGAUGAAUUUUAGUGAUGAUUUUGACCCUUAUGAUGCAAUGAGUACUCCUUUGUAUCAAACAGCUACUUUUAAGCAACCUUCAGCAACAGAAAAUGGUCUUUAUGAUUAUACAAGGAGUGGAAAUCCAACACGAGAUGUAUUAGAAAAGCUUCUUGCAAAGAUUGAGAAAGCAGAUAGAGCAUUUUGCUUCACCAGUGGGAUGGCGGCCUUGACAGCGGUAACUCGCCUUGUUGGAGCUGGUGAGGAGAUUGUUGCUGGGGAUGACAUAUAUGGUGGUUCGGACCGGCUAUUGUCACAAGUGGUCCCAAGAAGUGGAGUUGCUGUGAAGCGAGUUGACACAACUAAUCUUGAUGAGGUUGCAUCAGCAAUUGGACCAAAGACAAAGCUUGUUUGGCUAGAAAGUCCUACAAAUCCUCGUCAACAAAUUUGUGAUAUCCGUAAAAUUGUUGAGAUGGCUCAUGCACAUCGAGCCCUCGUGCUGGUAGAUAACAGCAUUAUGUCCUGCGUACUCUGUUGCCCCUUGGAAUUUGGAGCAGAUAUUGUGAUGACUUCAGCUACUAAAUUCAUAUCUGGUCAUAGCGAUCUUAUGGCAGGCGUCCUUGCUGUUAAAGGAGAAAGCUUGGCAAAGGAAUUGUAUUUCCUGCAAAAUGCAGAAGGUGCAGGUUUGGCCCCAUUUGACUGUUGGCUCUGUUUAAGAGGGAUCAAAACUAUGGCUCUACGUGUUGAGAAGCAACAGGAAAAUGCACAAAAAAUUGCUGAAUAUCUCAGUUCCCAUCCACGAGUAAAGAAGGUUAACUAUGCUGGUCUUCCAAGCCAUCCAGGGCGCACAUUGCACUAUUCCCAGGCAAAAGGAGCAGGGUCAGUGCUAAGUUUUUUGACAGGGUCAUUAGCACUGUCUAAGCAUGUAGUUGAGACCACAAAGUACUUCAGUGUUACUGUUAGUUUUGGAAGCGUGAAAUCCUUGAUAAGCUUGCCGUGCUUUAUGUCCCAUGCAAGCAUUGCUGCUGCGGUGCGAGAGGCAAGGGGGCUAACUGAGGAUCUUGUUCGUGUUUCCGUUGGAAUAGAAGAUGUUGAUGAUCUGAUUAGUGACCUCGAUUAUGCACUUGCAUUCGACCUGGAGUAGAUAUCCUGCUCCCAUUCGGAUUGAAUUCUGGACUCUACCAUGUAUAUGUAUUUUAGUGUCUACAUUUAUGUUUCAAUGCCAUUUUUGUGUACCCUUCGAAUAUCGUGUAAUUUAAGAAUUUAUGGAUUGAAGAUUGAAUUUUGCAAAGUUUAGACCCUCUGUUCAAUAUGUUUAUUAUUCCUUUUGAAUUUU